AGUCAGAAGUAGAGGUUGUCAAAAAAUAAAAGCCGAGCCAAUGACGGAACAACAAGCAGAUGCGAGGUCUUACCUCAGCGAGGAAAUGAUCGCUGAGUUUAAGGCUGCAUUUGACAUGUUUGAUGCUGAUGGUGGUGGUGACAUCAGCACCAAGGAGUUGGGACAAGUGAUGAGAAUCCUGGGGCAAAACCCCACCAGAGAAGAACUGGAUGCCAUCAUUGAGGAAGUGGAUGAAGAUGGAAGCGGUACCAUUGACUUUGAAGAGUUCUUGGUGAUGAUGGUGCGCCAAAUGAAAGAGGAGGCAAAAGGAAAAUCUGAAGAAGAGUUGGCAGAGUUCUUUCGCAUAUUUGAUCAGAAUGCUGAUGGUUUCAUCGAACGGAAUGAGCUUAAAGCAAUAAUUAUGACUGCUGGAGAACAUAUUACAGAAGAGGAAAUUGAUGAACUCAUGAAGGAGGGGGACAAAAACAAUGAUGGCAAACUAGACUUUGAUGAAUGGGUGAAGCUGAUGGAAAAUGUCCAGUAAAUGACCAACAUUCCUCAACAACUGUCAGCGUCUUAUUUCUUCAGGAACCUUUCAAAAUGUCAUCUUCCAUCUCCUAUGCAAAAUCUAUUACUUCUUUU